AUGGGUUUGAUCUUCCAGCGAGAGGAAACUGUGACUUUGAUUCAUCCGUGGUUGAAAGAUGCGGAGAAAGUUGCAUGGGCGUACAAAUUGCGCACGGCGGACGGGACAUCGAAGAUGUCGGGUUGGUCGGACGAGUUUGCCGUCCCCGACACGGGUGCCGUGAGUUUGCCGGUCUUCCGCCUUGACAACUUUGGAUUCCGAAUCGCGACUGAGCGUGUCGUCUACCACAAGAAGCUUGUUCGUGGCACGACUAAGUGGGUUGGGGAUGGAAGUGAAGGGAAUGAUCUGGUUGAAGCAAGGGUUAUCAAGGAAGACAUAUUCGUAGAUUGUAUGCCCGACCUAUAA